ACUUUCGAAACGAUGUUGAGAGAGGCGGACGCCGGGACAGACAGAGGACGGAAACGAACGAACCCAGGCGAUAUUCAACACAGAUGCUGGAGACUUCACCCAAAUCCCCGAGUUUCAGCAAGAUAUCCCCGUAGAGGUGUGUGAUAUCAGGUGUGGCUGCGCCUAAAGCCGAAAGAGAGACAAACUGAGGCACCGAGGAGAAUCAAAAUGAGCUUUCAGGGACAGCAACAGGUGGAGAAGAAAUACGACCCAGGAGACACCACCCUGAGGUUUGUCACCAGGAGGGACGACUUGGAUCCACUGUUUUCAGACGAUGACGACGGCUGUCUCAGAGCAGAGAUGUCCUGCGGCCACGCUGUCACCCCUGAUUCUCUAACACAGUGGUGUCGCAGCCAGCUGGACGAGGGUAAUUACAAAUUCAGAUGCCCUGCGCUGGUGGAGGGUACCAGACUGUGCAAUAGACUGUGGUCAUACCAAGAGGUGCGCAGACUGGCUGAUCUCUCUGUUGAGGAAAUGCAGUAUUUUGAAGAGACCAUGGUCCGCCUGGCUGCUGCAGAAUACUGUGAAAUUCAGCAAUGCCCACAGUGCAGGACGAGUGUGGAGAGGAAGGACCUCUCCAACCUGUGUGUCCAGUGCACCAUAUGCACAGCUGACCAGAAGAAGACCUACUACUUUUGCUGGCAGUGUCAGAGGGAUUGGAAGGGUCCGGGCCCUCGGUCUGACCGCUGCGACAACCACGGCUGCAUCAACAGGGACCUGCAAAUUCUGCAGACAUGUAAGACCAUCAGUCUGCCCGCGGUGGAGGGGGUCACCAGCUGCCCCUCUGUCCGAGCCUGUCCUACAUGCGGCAUGAAGGUGGAGCAUAGUCGACAAUACUGCAAGAACAUUAACUGCCCUCGCUGCCACGUGGAGUUCUGUUUUGUCUGCUUGAAACUGAAGCGUAAAUGUUGCAAGACCAGUUCACCUUACCAGAUCUGUCCAAGCGGCGUGGCUCCAAGACAGACCUCUAUCCCUGUGUGGAAAAGACAAGAAAGAAAAUAGGUCCGUCUGUACUUGAUUAUCAAUUCAGCAAUGGCUGCUUAAAGGUAUUAAUGUUAGAUAUCCUGCGAAUUCUUAACAAUUGUUGAUAUUUACAAAAUGCAUUAUAUCUACUGUAGUGAAGAUAAUAUGAAAAUGCACAGCCAGGGUGCCAGUUGUAUCAGUUUAAUCAGAGCAUCUUUAAUUUACUGUGUCACACCGACCACCCCGGUGUGUCGGCCAAAACAUGACUUAAGGCCAAUUCCUCCAGAGUGCGAAAUAAAGAUCUGACAAAUGGUUGAU